AGAACCGAACAAAAAAAAACAAAAUCUAGACUACUCAGAAUCAAAACCGGUUGAAGUUCGACGCACAAAAUAAUAAUACGCCGAUCCAGUGCACGAGAAGUGGUAAUGGAUACUUGAGAAAGUGCUCGAAAGCUCAAGCAUCGAACUUCAAUAAACAGCCACCCGCGAAAAUUACCAAAGCAAGGCAAACAAAAUCGACGCGCGGUGAAGGUCGCUGAGAUGCGUGUCGCGCGAUUUUGAAAGAACUGUUGCUGAUUACGAUAAUGUUCAGAUGCCACCGAUGUAUCAUUUCGAGGACCGGACUAGAUGUCUUACCGAUGGCCCAGAAAACGUCUACUGCGUGGCUAGGAUCAUUAUCAAGCCGGACAAUUCGUCACAGCUUUGGAAUAUAAUCAUGGAACGCUCCGUAACGGAUACCCAAUAUAGACAUUAUCUGCUAGAUCGGGGUUUCUGCGUUAAACAUUGUACGGAACUGGUGAAUGGGCUGACGGAAAAUCAACAAAAUAUUUACAACCAGGGGAAAAUUGAGAUUGAACAACCGUACAUAUUUGAUCAACAAUUCGUCCCUGGAAUGGAUGAGUUCAAACGUGCGUACGGCAAUAUCACCAAUAUCUGCCUUGGAUAUCAGCUGCAUCGAGAUUACAACCUGUCCAGCUAUUCCCUGAUAGAACAUUGUGCAACAUCCGCAAGCUUACGCAAACCGAUCUCCCUGUAUCAUGUUCUGUUCGUUGUUUUGAUUGGGUCAAUCAUUAUACUGAUGAUUCGUGCCACGUUACGUGACAACCGGGUCGUACGCAACGUGAACAACAAUCAUGUCGCCGUGGAGGAUGAUUCCAACAGCCCGGAAAAUGACAUCUGGAUGGAAUUCUCCCUGAAACGAAGCUUCCGCCGACUGCUGGUGAAACCACGGACCAAACUCCAGCGAGACCUAGCUUUCAUGGAAUCGGUGCGGGUUUUGUCGGUGUUCUUCAUAACCACGGUGCACACCACUAUGGCGUUCGGGGCAAGCCCGACGGAAAAUCCCGAGUUAAUAGAAGCACUGUACGCGAAUGCCGUAGUUAGAAUGGCAUCGGCCGUGUUUCCAUUUUUGGUGCACACAUUUUUCACCAUUGGUGGAAUGCUGCUGACGGUACAUUUUUUGGCACUAAUCGAGACGGGUCCCAAGUUCCGUUGGACGAUAUUUUUCGCCGGUGUGAUGAAUCGGUAUUUGAGGAUGCUUCCGGCGUACUUAGUCAUGUGGCUCUAUCAGGUUUCGUGGCUUGACCGGAUUGGCGAUGGUCCGACCGCGCAUCGACUGGUGGACAUUGAAAUAAACUUUUGUAGGAAGAAUGGUUGGUCAAAUUUUCUGUUCAUCAACAAUUACUACAAAUAUAAUGAGGCUUGCAUGCAACAGACUUGGUACAUGGCCGCCGACUUUCAAUUCUUCUGCGUCGGUAUGAUCAUUAUGAUGCUGAUCUGGAGAUUUCCAAAGUCAUUGAAGGUAGCAAUAGUUACGAUGAUUACUGUUUCGAUAAUCGCUCCUGUGAUAAAUAAUUACGUAUUCAAUUUCGUGGGCGUAAUAUUGCUAAAUUUCAAACAUCUCCGAUUUAUGCUUUUCUUCUACAAAUGGAUGUUCCGAGAUUACGUUCUUGCACACCCUCAUACAUGCAGUUACUUUGCCGGAAUAAUAGCGGGAAUUGCGUACCACCGAGCUCAGAAAGACCCACAGUAUCUUGCAAAUUUGGCCAUUUACAAGCACUUGAAACGAAUUGCUCCACUCAUGGUUCUACUGAUGUCUGCUCCGGCUACAUUCUUCUAUGGAAUUCAGCCGAGUUCUUCGUCCCUAUGGAUGGCGAUUUACGCGUCGGCACAUCGAAACUUCUUCGGAAUCAUGUGCGGAGUAGGAUUAUUGUAUGGGUCUACGGACGGUAGCACCAGACUGCCGAGUAUUAUGCGUCAUCCGGUUGUACUUGCCAUCGGACGUUUGUCAUUUUGUGUUUAUUUGGCCCAAUACAAUGCGAUUAGAUUCUACUUCACGAAAGUUAGAGGAUACGGUUUUGUGUUCGACGUGUCUAAUUUCGUAUCUGCUUGUCUGGUAGUUUUCGGAAUAUCAUAUGGCGCUGGUCUACUGCUAUGUACAAUGGUGGAGCUACCGAUCGCUUCUGUUAUCAAAAGACUUCAAGACGUUUCAAAGUCGUCCAAUGAUUCAAGCAAAAAAGAAUCGGAGACUAACGGAAGUAGUAAGAUUAAGAAUAGUUGAAGCUGUUUAGAACAAAGUUAUGAUUAAAGUAUGUAUGUUUUGAGUUCGUUGUUAAAUAUAACAUGAGUGUCUUUGCUUUA